AUGGGCGAGAUCGUGGUGGUGGUGUCGGGCCUGCGGCUGAUCGUGGUCAACCAGUUCGCCACGACCCCGGACUUCACGUACAUCCUGGGCCGCAUGAUCCUGAUCUCGGCCGUGGAAAUCCAGGUCGGCAUCUUCGCCGCCAACAUGCCGGGCCUCAAGGCCUUCUACAGCAUCUGGCGAAAAGGCGAACUGUCGUCGUCGGGGUCAAGAGGCACGAAGGAGUCCCAGGGCAGUUCCGCCGCCGGUGUGGUCAGCAGCGGUCACACGCACCAGCUCGCCACGCUCUGGAACAAACGUGGCGACAACCACAGGAACAAUAACAACAACAGCAACAAGGGGCUCGUCGGAGAUGACAAGGUCACAUACGACGCCGACGAAGACGCCGACGGGCCCGAGCGUCGCCUCACCAGGCGAGGUCGUCGGCCGACGUAUCCACCGCAGACGGGAAGGGACGAAUCAGCGUAG